AUGAACGCUUCCUCCGGUUCUAAGACGCGCGAAACGGCGGCUUCUACUACAGAGCGUUUGGAAGUAAACCUCAAGCGAGUGUCCAAGUAUUCUAUCAAGCGGAUGAAUGCGCAUGAGGAGAUUGCGGUCAUUCUGGCCCACGAAAAGGACGCUGCUAUCCGCCUGGCUGCAGCUGUUGGAGCCUCGGCGCACGAUGCUGGCUACGUGACGUCGUAUGAUGUGGCACUCGAACAGUGCUGCAGCAUACUGCUGGAACGUCCCUUGUGA